GACAUCGAAAUCGCAACAUGAGGAAGACUAUCAACGUUACUGUGCAAGAGCCGGAGGGUGGGAAGUCCAUAGAUGAGCCUGUGGACUUCGAAACUGCGAUUUCGCUAACAGGCUUCGGGAAGUUCAACUACAUACUGCUGUUGGUGGCCUUCCCGGCAGCCAUGAUCAGCGUCUUCGACACCACUGCAAUGGCUUACAUUCUGCCUGUGGCACAGUGUGACCUGGGCCUGACCAACCUCGACAAGGGUGGUCUCAAUGCCAUCACCUACGCCGGCAUGAUCACUAGUGCGUUCAUGUGGGGCGGUCUCUCAGACACGCUGGGCCGGCAGCGCUUGCUGAUGAUCAGCCUCAUCUUGGACGGCGUAUUGGCGGUCGCCUCUGCCUUUGCCGUCCAGCUGUGGGCCAUGUUCUUGCUGCGGUACUUCGUGGGUUUCAUUGGUUGCGGGGCCUACGCCAUGCUGAUGUCCUACCUGGUGGAGUUCCACAGCACCAAGUACCGCUCCCGCUGCAUCAUGUUCACCGGCAUCGGAGUCUCCACUGCCAACUACCUCAUCCCCUCUUUUGCGCUGGGGCUGCUGACGCAGCAGUGGGCGGUGGAGGUGGGCGGCGGCCUGGUACUCAAGCCGUGGAACGUGUUCAUCAUGACGUGCUCGCUGCCCGCUCUGCUAGCCGGCAGCUUCAUGUCCUUCUUCCCCGAGACGCCCAAGUUCCUCAUGUCCAAGGGCCGCAACGGGGAGGCGCUCGCCGUCUUCCGCAAGGUCUAUGCCCUCAAUACUGGACGCAGCCCGGACUCCUUCCCGGUGCAGCGGCUGGUGGAUGAGCUGGAACUGCGCAAAGCGUCUGUGGCGAGCACCAUGAGCAUCCACCAGAGCGCCAUCCAGAGCCUCAAGAACGCCUGGCGCCAGAUGCGGCCACUCUUCGUCAUGCCACAGCUGCCCAAGGCUGUGCUCGUCUUCUCCAUACAGAUCCUCUGCUUGUUCAGCCUGAACACAAUUCGGUUGUGGCUGCCGCAGAUCUUCGCAACCAUGGAAGAGUUCCUGUACAUCCAUCAGACGGCGGAGGGUGUAGGUAUGGGCUCGCUUACAGUCAACGACAGCGACAACUCGGUGUACCUGUGCGACAUGCUCACGUACCAGUCCUCGCAGAAGGCAGACAACUCGUCGCUCGUCAGCAUGCUGGUCAACCUCGUCGAUGGCGACAUUCUCAAUGCUACGCAGGCCGUCGCCUCUGAGAUACCAUGUCUACCUACAGUGUCCAACAGCCGCUUGUAUAUCAACUCCUCGUCGUGGGCGCGGUGUCGGCACUCGGCUACAGCUGCGCGGGCCAGUUCGUCAACUGGCUGGGCUACCGGACUCUUGAUUUGCUUCUUCUCGAGUGGAGCUUUCGGCAUCGGCGUCCAGUGGUCGACCGACGCCGACCUGACGCUGGCCAUGCUGUCGCUGUACCUGGCGCUCGUCGGCAUCUGCUCCACCUGCAUGAUGGGCGUCGUCGUCACCAUAUUCCCCACAUCUCUAAGAACCACGGCUGUCAGCCUGACCAUGAUGUUCGGCCGAAUUGCUGCUCUAUCGGGCAACGUCAUCUUCCCUGUGCUGCUGGAUAUAAGCUGUCAGCUACCCUUCUUCCUUGUUAGCGGUGUCAACAUAGAAAGCAAGGAAAGAGAGUCAGGAACGUGUAGCAACGGAAGUGGCCGAAGUCAUGCAAUGCGUUACCGCAAGGCAAAAUUCUCAACUCUGCGGUCUCACUACGGUGCUGAACUGAAGAAAAUACGCCAGAGUGAGAGCAGUGGCUCAUCCGGCGCCGUACACAGACCGAGAGUCUGGUGGUUUGAUCAUUUACGUUUCCUGAAAGACAUCAUAACUCCACGCUAA